AGGUAUGCAGCAGAUAUGUAUAGCUGCCGAGUGCAAUCCACCACUAAACAUUGAUCGUCUGCUAGAAAAAGGAACUAAACUGGGAAUUUCAAUUACUCACACGUCCUGGACAAAUGAAUCAAGAUACAAGCGAGAAGGAUGCUAGGUGGAGUGGUGGGGCGGCACACAAGUCUACGCCGCCGUAACAGCUCCCCGACCCCUCUCCCCCUGCCACCCGGCAGCCCCCGGUACCGCCGUAGGCGUCGUGCUGUCACCACCUCAGACCACAAGUCAUGUGCGCUCAUACAGACGCGCAUCAAGUUGGGCGACAUCAUGUUGGCGGCGGCUCAGGAGGCGGCAGCGCAGCAGCGGGCUGGUCGUGACUGGUCGCCCUCCGCCAUGGGCCAGCCCACUAACCAGCCCGCAAAGGGCCCGUCCUCGCUCUUCCUGCUCAGCGAGGACAAUCCCUUACGCCGAUACACCAGAUUCAUCAUCGAGUGGCCUCCGUUUGAGUAUGCAGUCCUGCUGACCAUCAUUGCCAACUGUGUUGUCCUGGCCCUGGAGGAACAUCUGCCACACAAUGACAAGACUCCCUUAGCAAAGAGACUGGAAAACACAGAGACGUACUUCCUUGGCAUUUUUUGUGUAGAAGCAUCCCUCAAAAUCCUAGCAUUAGGUUUUGUACUCCAUCGUGGUUCAUACCUUAGAAACGUUUGGAACAUCAUGGAUUUUUUUGUUGUAGUAACAGGGUUCAUCACAAUAUUCUUUACGGAAUACACAGAUUUAGAUAUGGAUCUCCGCACUUUGAGAGCCAUCCGAGUACUCAGGCCCCUCAAACUGGUCUCUGGUGUCCCAAGUCUACAGGUUGUGUUGAAGUCCAUCAUCAAAGCUAUGGCCCCUCUCCUGCAGAUUGGACUGUUGGUGUUGUUUGCUAUUGUGAUAUUCGCUAUCAUUGGUCUCGAGUUCUACUCCGGGGCUCUGCACAAAACCUGCUAUAGUUUAGAAGACUUGCGUAAGAUCAUUAACGAAGGAGAUAGUGAAACGCCAACCCCUUGUAACACGGACAAUAGAACAGAGUCACCAACAGGGAGCUAUGCCUGUGAUCCAAACAUCUCAGUGUGUGUAGAAGACUGGGAAGGGCCUAACUUUGGGAUCACCUCGUUUGACAACAUUGGGUUGGCUAUGCUCACAGUGUUCCAGUGUAUUACUAUGGAAGGAUGGACUGCUAUUUUAUAUUGGAUGAAUGAUGCUAUUGGUAGUUCAUUCAAUUGGCUUUAUUUCGUUCCACUCAUCGUCCUUGGAUCAUUUUUUAUGCUCAACUUAGUUCUUGGUGUUCUUAGUGGUGAGUUUUCAAAUCAGCGAGCUUUAGUGGAACGAAGAGCUCGUUACCACAAAGUCAAAUCAAAAAAACAGUUUCAGCAACAAUUUAGCUCUUACAUCACAUGGAUAUCUCAAGCAGAGGAAGUUAUACUAGCAGAAGAAAGAACAACAGAAGAGGAGAAAAUGCACAUAAUUGAAGCAAGAAGAAGAGCAGCAGCUAAACGAAAAAAGUUAAAAAACUUGGGUAAAAGCAAAAGCACAGAUACGGAAGAAGAAGAAGGAGAAGAAGAGGGAGAAGAUGGUCUGACUGGAGCUUCCUAUUUGAAAUCUAAAGUAAAAAAUAAAGGAGCCUGUCUCUCGUUUUGGAGAGCGGAGAAAAGGUUCAGGUUUUGGAUCAGGCACACUGUGAAAACCCAAACCUUUUAUUGGUUUGUCAUCGUGCUGGUGUUCUUCAAUACAGUUUGUGUGGCUGUGGAGCAUUACAACCAACCUAAACACCUCACUGAUUUCUUAUAUGUUGCAGAAUAUGUUUUCCUUGGCCUUUUUAUGAUGGAGAUGUUAGUAAAAAUGUAUGCUCUGGGACCUAGAAUUUAUUUUGAAUCUGCCUUCAAUAGAUUUGAUUGUAUAGUUAUCAGUGGUUCAAUUUUUGAAGUAAUUUGGUCAGAACUUAAAUCAGGUUCAUUUGGACUAUCAGUUCUAAGAGCUCUUCGUCUGUUAAGGAUAUUCAAAGUGACAAAAUAUUGGUCUUCUCUACGCAAUCUUGUGAUAUCCCUAUUGAACUCGAUGCGUUCAAUCAUCUCCCUAUUAUUUCUGCUAUUUUUGUUUAUUCUUAUCUUCGCACUGCUCGGAAUGCAGUUAUUCGGCGGUCAGUUCAAUUUUCCUGAAGGUACACCACCGACCAACUUCAAUACCUUCCCCAUUGCGCUGCUCACAGUCUUCCAAAUUUUAACUGGGGAGGAUUGGAACGAAGUUAUGUAUCAGGGCAUCAAAUCUCAAAGAAAUCCAAAUAGCAAUGGCAUGAUCUACGCUGUGUACUUCAUAAUCCUGAUGCUCUUCGGUAACUACACUCUGCUCAAUGUGUUCUUGGCCAUUGCCGUAGACAACUUGGCCAACGCACAGGAACUCACAGCUGCCGAGGAGGAACAAGAGGAAGAAGACAAAGAGAAGCAACAGAUGGAGCUGGAGAAGGAGAUGGAAGCGUUGCAGCUGGGUAGUGAUGGCAGCCCGCCCCAGGUGGAGAUCUGUCCUCCCUCUCCUGCUCAUUUUAAUAAAUCCAAGAAUAGUAAAAAGGAGGAGGAAGAGAAGAAAGCAGAAGAGGAAGAAGAAGGACCUAAACCAAUGCUGCCAUAUUCUUCAAUGUUCAUUUUAACUCCCACUAAUCCGCUUCGUAAGGCGGCUCACUGGGUGGUCAAUAUGCAAUACUUUGACUUCUUCAUUAUGGUAGUGAUAGGCUUGAGUAGUAUUGCGCUGGCCGCAGAGGACCCUGUAGUAGAUAACUCAGUGAGGAAUACUGUCCUCAAUUAUUUUGAUCAUGCCUUCACUGGGGUCUUCACAUUAGAGAUGAUACUCAAGGUCUUAGACAUGGGGAUCAUUUUACAUCCAGGCUCCUACUUGAGGGAGUUUUGGAACAUAAUGGAUGCUGUUGUAGUGAUAUGUGCAGCUGUCUCAUUAGGGUUUGAAAUAAGUGGCAGUGAUGCGGGUCAGAAUCUGUCGACAAUCAAAUCCUUAAGAGUGCUGCGAGUACUUAGGCCGCUCAAAACAAUUAAACGAGUGCCGAAAUUAAAAGCGGUAUUCGAUUGUGUAGUUAACUCUUUAAAAAAUGUCAUCAACAUUCUCAUUGUUUACAUCCUAUUCCAGUUCAUCUUUGCUGUUAUCGCCGUCCAACUCUUCAAUGGAAGAUUUUUUUUCUGUACAGAUGAGAGCAAAUCUACUAAACGAGAGUGCCAAGGAAUGUAUUUUGUAUUUGAAGAAGGUAAAACACUGCCAAAAGCAGAACAUAGGGAGUGGAAGCCAAGAUGUUUUCAUUAUGAUAACGUUGCGGCAGCCAUGUUAACUUUAUUUGCUGUACAAACUGGAGAAGGUUGGCCUCAGGUGCUACAAAAUUCAAUGGCUGCAACUUACGUAGGCAUGGGUCCAAUUCAAAACUUUCGUAUAGAAAUGUCCAUUUUUUAUAUUGUGUACUUUGUGGUCUUCCCAUUCUUCUUUGUGAAUAUAUUCGUUGCGCUGAUUAUCAUUACAUUUCAAGAGCAAGGAGAGGCCGAGCUUCAAGAUGGAGAAAUCGACAAAAAUCAGAAAUCCUGUAUAGAUUUUACAAUUCAAGCAAGGCCAUUAGAAAGGUACAUGCCAAAUAAAAGAAAUAGUUUCAAGUACAAAAUAUGGAGGAUAGUUGUAUCUACACCAUUUGAGUACUUUAUCAUGAUGCUUAUUGUGUUCAAUACUCUGCUCCUUAUGAUGAAGGUGAGUAGAUUAAGAAAUUAAAAUGUCUAUAAACUACAAAUCUAAACUUUCUAAACUAUAUGAAAAACAUUCAGAGCAGACCAAUAAACUGAUACUUAUUUAUGCCUGUGAAAUACCAACAAUGAGUAUAUUAUUGCGUUCUCUAGAAUCAGUGCAAGUUUCUGGGUAAAAAUUAAUAAUAUAAUGCUAGAUUGCUUUUUGGUUAAAAUUUGGUUUAUGUAUUUUUUAUAGUACCCCUAGACCUAUUUCAUAAUUAUUUUAAUACUUUUUAUCAAUUGAUGCAAAAUUUAUAUUACUAUAUUGAACAAAUUUAUUCAAUCAGUAUAUUAAUCCUUACAGGCUCCAGGCAAUAUAGUGUGUCUUUCUUUUGUGUCUACGUAAUGU